AUUCACAAAACCCAAUCAAAGGAGGUAAACUACAAAGGGAAGAACAGGCUGGUGGAUGCUGUUUGAAUAAAAGAAACAAAUAAAACCAAAAGAGGAUUCUUUAAAAUAAGGAGAUACUACUAAUUUAAACUAAAACUAAACCAAAAUACAACAUAACUUCACUAGUUGAGUGAACUGAAUUUAAAAGCAAAACACAGUUGAAACUGCACCCCUCCACCCAGUGUGUCUAAACAGGAGAAAGCUCAGUGUGUGCAAUAAUCAGUAGUCAACAGAAAAAUACUAACUCCAGAUAAUUAACAAGUGCCUCAAUUGUAGGCCUCCAAAAUCCUAAACACAACUAUUAAGCUUAUCACACAAACAGUGGUGAGAAGGGGAAUCACAGCUGCCACCACUGAAGAUCUGUUCCAACUAUUUAUCACAGGUGUUCUUGAUUGUGUCUCCUGGAUUGGAGGGCUGGACUGGGUGUUGCUCCAAUCAGGAUCUCCAGACAUCCGAGCAGGAAGUGGGACGGGCAGUGCCUGGCUGGAACCAAUCACAGACAGGAAACCACACAUCCUAUGUGGCAUAUGCAAGGAAAAACACUGCAAGGGUUAUACACAAGAGGGGGGUGGGAGUAACACAAGGAGUCAUGCAUCUGGCAUUGAAUCUUGCCAAGAAGCUCAGGCUUUGGACAGACAUGCAGUACUGACACACCUACAGACGGAGAGACCUGACGGACAGAGUCCAGCUGGCUGGUCAUGGCAGCAGCAAGCGGAACAGAUGUGUGAGGGACUUUGAUCUAGAGCGCCCGUAGCUAUUUUGGAGUCUGGAUGUCCCGUUGUUCUGGAUUCAGCUCUCUGUACGGCAGGUGUUGUUUAAGAGGCGGCCAGCUUGACUGAUUAUUGGCCCUUCCCUUCCCUGAGCACCCCGUAGCACCUCACCCCACAGCUGGCUGGUGCUCCGGCCCCAUUCAGGUCAUCUCCGCAUCAAGGCUGGAAAUGUCCAGAGCCCCAAGCCCCCCUCCCCUGGCUGAAAUGUCCAACGGUUCCGUGGCGGAGAGCUGGUGUUAUACUCAGAUCAAAGUGGUGAAGUUCUCCUACAUGUGGACCAUCAACAACUUCAGCUUCUGUCGCGAGGAGAUGGGAGAAGUCAUCAAAAGCUCCACUUUCUCCUCUGGCGCCAACGACAAACUCAAAUGGUGUUUGCGUGUGAACCCUAAAGGUCUGGAUGAGGAGAGUAAAGACUAUCUGUCACUUUACCUGCUGUUAGUCAGCUGCCCAAAGAGUGAGGUGCGCGCCAAGUUUAAGUUUUCUAUCCUCAACGCCAAGGGAGAAGAGACCAAAGCCAUGGAGAGCCAGAGAGCGUACCGUUUUGUCCAGGGGAAGGACUGGGGUUUCAAAAAGUUCAUAAGGAGGGACUUCCUGCUGGACGAGGCCAACGGUCUGCUGCCUGAUGACAAAUUAACACUUUUCUGUGAAGUGAGUGUGGUGCAGGACUCUGUGAACAUCUCAGGCCAGAACACGAUGAACAUGGUGAAGGUUCCUGACUGCAGGCUGCCCGAGGAGCUCGGAGAUCUUUGGGAAAGCUCUAGAUUCACCGACUGCUCGCUGUGUGUCGCCGGCCAGAAAUUCCAGGCGCACAAAGCCAUCCUGGCAGCUCGCUCGCCGGUGUUCAGAGCCAUGUUUGAGCACGAGAUGGAAGAGAGUAAGAAGAACCGUGUGGAGAUAAAUGACGUGGAGCCAGAUGUCUUCAAAGAGAUGAUGUGCUUCAUCUACACAGGCAAGGCCCCCAACCUGGACAAGAUGGCUGAUGACCUGCUGGCUGCAGCUGACAAGUACGCUCUGGAGAGGCUGAAGGUGAUGUGCGAGGACGCUCUGUGCACGAGCCUGAGCGUGGAGAACGCCGCAGACAUCCUCAUCCUCGCCGACCUGCACAGCGCUGACCAGCUCAAGACGCUGGCCGUGGACUUCAUCAACUAUCACGCAGCUGAUGUGAUGGAGACAUCGAGCUGGAAGUCCAUGGUGACCUCUCACCCUCGCCUGGUAGCGGAAGCCUAUCACUCCCUGGCCUCGGCUCAGUGCCCAUUCCUGGGUCCGCCAAGAAAACGGCUCAAACUGUCCUAGUGGUGCGGAGAGACUCUGAUGCCCUAACCCUGCUGUGUCCUCUUGUACCGGCAACCUCACUGCUCCUCACUCCCAGUCCUCCUCUCUCACCCACAGCACCCACAGACGCCCAAGACUGAAAACCAGGACUUAGCUAGAUAUGGCUAGGAGGAGCUGUACAGCUGGGCCGACCAGAGACUUACAGGACUGACGCCAUAGAGGAGGUACCACACAUCUCUGUAGGUGGGAAUAAGGGUGAAUUCUGUAAGAUCUAAACCUGCAUAUGUUUGGAUUGCAAACUCAAAGCCUCGCGUAUACCACAUAUCCUUUGUCUACAAUAUUGCAAAGCUAGAACCAUAAUCUGCGAGUCAGUCACGUCAAGAACUGAUCUUCUGGCUCAAAAGGAAAAGUCAAUGCUGAGUCCCUGUAUAUACAAUUUUGUGUCAUAUUGUCUUGCACAGCGUCUCGAGUGUUAAAGCCCAAACUGUGCUUGUAAAGCGAAGAGGAUCAACCAACCAGAAAGUGAAUUGUUCCCAUUGUUGAUGAUUUAAACAGUAUUGUUUUUUUUAAGAUAACAAACAGUUUGAAUGAAAGAACACAAAUCUGAACAUGUUUUAAUGUUCACUAUUCAGCCUGUGCCUUAAGUCGGGCAGACACUGUGCUGACCGAUCACUCCCGACUUGUUUUAGAGUCCAAUUCUUCCAGAUCGGUUGUCAUUUGACAUGCAAUUUGAGGGGGGGUCAUGAUGCCAGAUAAUUCCCUGAACGAUCAGCGAUUGGUUGGAAUUUUGGUCGGCUGCCUUGCAGUUUCAGCAGUCCGUUUUCCCUCAUGGCUGCUGUCAAAAUAUCCAUCACAAACUGCACUGAGCUUGUUUUUAAUAUGAUCAGAGAAGUGACACGUAGCUAAAACUGUCGUCUUGAAUGAGGCUACUGUGAUGUAAAAAUGAACUUCGCUGCAGAACAUAUUGUCUGCAUCUUCCAGCCAUCUGCGGCUCCAUAUUUUUUUUCUUCUUACUUUUCGUUCACAGUAGAAAUGCACAAACACUGCCUUUCUCUCUUUUUGAGGAUGCAAUCGGCUCGUUUGAAUAAACUUUAUUGGAAUUGUCACUGGACAAAGUCGACUUCCAUUCUUACAUUCAGUAUGAGCAGCCGGUGAGUUAACACAAAGUAAAAGAUUAAUAAAAAAAAGCACAGUGUCCGCCCAGCUUUAAAAAAUAUAUCAAAGAAAAUGAUCAUGAAAAACUUUUUUAUAUUCACCUUUUACCUCAGAACAUUCCCUUUGACUGACUGAACCUAUGAAAUACAGAUGCUUCCUAUUUUAUCUGGCAUGUCUUUUUCCUCCUUGAUAUCUCUUUCAUAUAUUUUUAUUAGGAAGCAUGUGCACAUCUGCAAUACCGACUUCUGUGAAGUGAAUAUCAUGCCUCAUUUCAGAUAUUUAACAACAAAAGACAAACAAUACCAGGAAAUAAAGGCAAAACAAGACAAAAAAGAGACGAGCAAACACACGAUACAAAAAAUAAACCUUCCUAUCCCUGAGCCACCUCGGGUGAUAAAGACUA